AUGACGUUAAUGGAAUUUUUCGGCUGUACUUUCAUUGCCUUUGGACUGCCAUUUGCCUUGUUCAUUUUCACAAUAGCAAGAGACCCAAUGAGAGUUAUUGUUCUUAUAGCAAGUGCAUUUUUCUGGUUGAUGUCGCUGUUAUUAUCAUCAAUACUGUGGUAUGCAGUUGUGCCCCUACGAGACAAGCUAGCAUUUGGAUUAGUCUUUUCAGUAAUAUUCCAAGAGUGCUUCAGAUUUUUGUUCUACAAAACUUUAAGACGAGCAGAUGAAGGUUUGUUAAAAGUUAGCCUGCAGAACACCAGCCAACAUGUGACUCCAAAGGAUUUUUUAAACCAGCACAUUAUGGCUUAUGUUUCUGGCCUGGGAUUUGGAGUUAUUGCAGGAGCUUUCUCAAUAAUAAAUGUGCUUGCUGAUAUGUCUGGACCAGGGACCAUUGGCAUCAUGGGAGAUUCCAAAUAUUUCUUCUGGACUUCUGCCUUCCUGACGCUGUGCUUUAUUUUGCUGCACACUGUGUGGAGCGUGGUGUUCUUUGCUGCUCUGGAUAAGAAGAAUUACUCAAUUGUUGCCUGUGUGGUUGCAACUCACAUGAUGGUUUCAUGUUUGACUUUGUUGAACCAGAGAAGUAGUGAGGAGCAUUCUAUUGUCUAUUUAGGCAGCAUCAUCCCCUCUUAUGUCUGCCUGUUUGUCAUGACCGCUUUAGCUUUCAAUGCAGCCGGUGGAUCUUUUACCAAUUUGAAAGUUGCUUUUGCAUGUAGAAAGGGCCGAUAUGAGAUUGACUGA